CCCCUUCCCCGCUGACGUCACGUCCGCUCCCGGCCCGCAGGUGACGGCAGCAUGGCGGCAGGCCCGACUGUCCGCAUCCACCCCGUGGUCCUGUGCUCGAUCGCCGACAGCAGCGAGCGGCGCAGCGAGGAGGCGCGGAGGGGCAUCGGCACCCUGCUGGGCACGGUGGACAAGCAGACCGUGGAGAUCACCAACUGCUUCUCCGUCCCACACAACGAGUCGGAGGAUGAGGUGGCAGUCGACAUGGAAUUUGCAAAGAACAUGUACGAACUGCAUCGGAAAGUGGCUCCCAAUGAGGUGAUCGUUGGCUGGUUUGCCACAGGACAUGACAUCACGGAGCACUCGGUCCUGAUCCACGAGUACUACAGCCGGGAGGCCCAGAACCCGGUGCACCUUACGGUCGACACAACCCUGCUGAAUGGGAGGAUGAGUAUCAAAGCCUACGUCAGCGCCCCCUUGGGGGUCCCAGGGAAGACCAUGGGGGUGAUGUUCACACCCCUGACCGUCAAUUACGUCUACUAUGACACCGAGAGGAUUGGAGUGGACCUGAUCCAGAAGACGAGGAGCAGCCCCAGCCGCACCGUCAGCCUGGCCACCGAGCUGGAGCAGGUGGGCACCUCCGCUGCCCGCAUCCAGGACAUGCUCACCACCGUGCUGCAGUACGCCGAGGAGGUGCUGUCGGGAAAGGUCAGCCCUGAUAACUCGGUGGGACGGUUCCUCAUUGACCUGGUGAACAAGGUGCCCAAGAUCUCAGCCCAGGACUUCGAGACGAUGCUCAACAGCAACAUCAAUGAUCUCCUGAUGGUGACAUAUCUGUCAAACCUGACCCAGGCACAGAUCUCGCUGAAUGAGAAGCUGGUGGCUCUGUGAAGUGUUGGGCGGGACCUUCUCCCCGAAUGGACCAGGCCGCCCUGCCUACCUCGUGUGCUGUGAGAAUGCCAACCCCCUCCCCUCCAGCCCCAAGCUAUUAAAUUGUUCUUUGCUGGAA